CACGUAUUGACAUUAAUAACGCCGAGAGAGAGGGGCUUGCGAUGCGCACCCCAGAGUUUGAAUCAGAAUGGGAAACGGAAUCCCAAUUCCUUCCUAACUCCUACAAACCGGCGUCGUUUUCGUCUCCUCCUCCUCCUCCUCCUCCUCCUUUAAAGCCAUGAAAUCCUCUCCUUCCUCCUCUGUUUCUUCUGCUUCUGCUUCUGCUGCUGCUUCUUCUUGAACUUGCGUUUACAUCCGGAGCGAUGGGACUCAUUAUAUUGGAAGAGCAAGAGAAUGAAGCCAUCUUGAUCCCUCCCUCCAAUUUCUCCAUGGUCGAAGAUGGCAUUUUCAGAUCCGGAUUCCCUCAACCCUCCAAUUUCGCCUUCCUCGAGUCGCUUAAUCUCCGAUCAAUCAUAUAUUUGUGUCCCGAACCCUAUCCGCAAGAAAACUUGGAGUUUCUUCGCUCUCGUAAUAUUCGGCUCUUUCAGUUUGGAAUCGAGGGGAAGACGGAGACUUCUGUAUCCAUUCCGAAAAAUACUAUUAUGGAAGCUUUGAAAGUUUUAGUUGAUGUGAGAAAUCAUCCAGUUUUGAUUCAUUGCAAGCGUGGGAAGCACCGGACUGGUUGUCUAGUUGGUUGCCUGAGAAAGUUUCAGAAUUGGUGUUUGUCUUCUGUGUUUGAGGAGUACCAACGGUUUGCUGGUGCAAAAUCAAGGGUAACAGAUAUGACAUUUUUAGAGACAUUCGACGCAAUGCGCCUUAGGCAGUGUCUGUACAGCAUUAUAUAUCAGUAUCAAGGAUUUGGUUCAAACAAGAGGCGAUUGCUGUACAGAGAGGAGAAUAUGCCAAAGCCUCGAGUUACGUCAAUUUAGCAGAGUCGACGUGGACGAGCCUAUUCUUUUGUUUUUUUUUUCUUUUUUUUCCCGGAUUUUUCUGAGUUGCUCUUUAGUCACACGCCUUUGUUGCACAUAUAAAAACAUCCAUUGUGCUCUUGUUUUUUGGUUCACAGUUAAUCAUUCCAUUUUUACACGCACAAAAAGGUUUUUGGCUGUU